AUGGAGGCAACAUCAAAAGUUAAGUCCACGAGAUCUAACACAUCUCAGUUCGGGAAGAUAUAUUCCUUUUUCAAGUCCAACGUAAUAGUGACAUCGUUGCUCUUUGUCUUAGUUGUGACUUUCGUAUUCAAAUAUUAUGAAGAUGUGCACGGCUCCUAUAGUAACUUCAAGAAGACGAACGUGGAUAUUUACAGCGUCUUGGAGGUUCCGAAGGACGCAAAAGAGCCUGAAAUAAAGGCAAAAUACCGCGAAUUGUCGUUAAAAUGGCACCCUGAUAAGAACAAGGACUGUGUAGAGUGUGAAGAAAGAUUUAGAAACAUAAAGGAGGCAUAUAAAAUAAUACUUAACCCGCACCUGAGGGAGAUGUACGACAAGACGAAGGGACACACAGUGGACAUGAUCCCGUCGAGGACCACGGACCUGACGGUGCUGAACUUUGACAAGUUGGUCAAGAACUCGAAGAAGAUCUGGGUGGUGCUUAUAUACUCGGACGACAGCCACCGCUGCAGGUCGUUUGCGCCUGUGUGGGACGAGUUUGCAUCCAAGUUUGAAAAGUACGCCAAGUUCGGAAGAGUCAACGCGCUCCUCGACGAAAAGCUGCUCAGCAGACUUCCGACAAAGCCGCUUCUGCACCCCUCGAUAUUCCUGCUCUUCCCGGACAAGAAGUACGACUUGGUGCCGACGGGAGUGAUGGACACCGUGAAGAGCCUGAGUAGAUACUUCUACGAAAACUACCCCUUUUACGGGACGAAGCUCAACGAGUACGCAAAGUUCCACGUCCUGGAGGGAACUAGGCUGCUGUUCUACUCUAACAAGAAGAACGUGCCCUUUUCGGUGAAGCUGAUGGCGCUUAAGUUCCACAGGGUGCUGAAGGUCUACUUCGUGUCAACUGGCGACCACUACUCGACAGACGAGCUCCUGCUGAACGAUAUGAAGAGCGCGAAGAGCUUGCCGAAGGUGCCAGAAAAGCUCGAGCUGUUCGACCUGUUCGUCGGCCUGUACGAAGGGCCGAAACUGAGGUACUUCGCGUACCAGCUGAGCAAAAACUUGCCAGUGCUGCAAGCAACGCUGUAUUCUCUGCUUUCGCUGAACCCAUUCGACUUAAACGAUAACACCUAUGAUGUAUUGUGCUCUAGACAUAGCGCCAAGGACCGAGUGUGCCUUAUGAUGCCAGGUAACCAAAAGCUGAUAACAUUGUCUUCAGAAGCACACGAGAUGCCAGACGUGACCGGCGUCUACGGCAAGUAUGAAUCGUAUGGAAUGCUCCUGCCCCCGGAGGAGGACGAUGAGCCGGAAGUGGUGGAGGAGGGCGAGGAGGCCGAGAAGGAGCAGAGCAAGGCGAAGGAGAAGCUGCUGUCUCUGGUGGACCUGCAGUUCCUGAGCGUCAAGACUCAGAACAAGCACCUGCAGCAGCUGUACUUGAACUUCAGCGGCAGCGCCAGCAGCAAGGCGCCCCUGACGAGCACGCACGUCCUCGCCGUAAAUAAGAAUAAGGAGCUGUACACCGUCUUCGACGUGAAGAAGCUGGACGACGACUUCAUAAACGACCUCCUGAACAACGAGAGCGCCCUCAAGUGGCUGCCGCUCCCAGCUACCCACAAGGGUGGCCUGUUCAAGUCAAGCCGCCUCAAUGCGCAAGCACUGUUUGACUUAUCGAGGAUUUUCCACAAGUAA